CCGGCCUCUCGUUUGCCGCGGCUCAGGGCCGCGCAGAUGGGUCGGCUCUGAGGGCCUGUGCUGUCGCUCCUGCCGGACUGGGUUCCGGAGACGACGUCUCGCCGAGCGGAGGGACCAGGCCGAGUGGGCCUUCGCUCGUCCCGCGCGGCUCGUCCCCAGGCCCGGCGCCCCCGCUUGGGUUCCAGGGCUCACACCUGCCCAACCCGCCCCCGUUUUCUUUUUUAAUUUCCCGGCCAAAAUAGGUUUUUCUCCCCCACCGUGGCGUCCAGUGGCCUCAGAGCUCCAGAAAGCUUUCGAUGAGCUUAUCCCAACAUUUAAAAACGGGGCUCUGGAAAUUGGGAGGCCUCGAGAGCCUCCCUUAGGGCACCAGGUGACCGGCUCCUGCGUUCCUUCUUAACUCUCCGAAGUUGAGCAGCCCCUUCCUGUCUUUUCAAACUCACUACCGCCCGAUGUGCCAUGGCACCCAAGCCAUGGGGUGAGUGGAGCAUGGCCCUGUCCCACCUGGCGCUGGGAGUGGUGUCUCUGCAUGCAGCUGUGAGCACUGUCCAGGCAAAUCGAGGGGCUGCUGCUGGCUUCCUGCUCCAGGCCUUGGCUGCUGCCACCAUGCUGGCCCCAGGGCUGGGCACAGAUGAAGACUGUCUUGCUGGAGCCUGGGUGGCCACUGUCAUUGGCCUGCCCCUUCUGGCCUUCGAUUUCCACUGGUGUACUAACGGUCACUUGAUGUGCGCUGGCUGUUUUAUCCACCUACUAGCAGAUGCCCGGCUGAAGGAGGAGCAGGCCACAUGCCCCAACUGUCGUUGUGAGAUCAGUAAGAGCCUCUGCUGCCGCAACCUGGCUGUGGAGAAAGCCGUGAGUGAGCUGCCCUCUGAGUGUGGCUUCUGCCUGCGCCAGUUUCCCCGCUCUCUCCUGGAGAGGCACCAGAAGGAGGAGUGCCAAGACAGGGUAACCCAGUGCAAGUACAAGCGAAUUGGCUGCCCAUGGCACGGCCCCUUCCACGAGCUGACUGUGCAUGAGGCUGCGUGUGCCCACCCCACCAAGACGGGCAACGAGCUGAUGGAGAUCCUAGAUGAGAUGGACCAGAGCCACCGUAAGGAGAUGCAGCUCUACAACAGCAUCUUCAGCCUGCUGAGCUUCGAGAAAAUCGGCUACACAGAGGUCCAGUUCCGGCCAUACCGCACAGAUGACUUCAUCACGCGCCUGUACUAUGAGACACCGCGGUUCACGGUGCUGAACCAGACAUGGGUCCUGAAGGCGCGAGUGAACGACUCAGAGCGUAACCCCAACCUGUCGUGCAAGCGCACACUGUCCUUCCAGCUGCUCCUCAAGAGCAAGGUCACAGCGCCCCUGGAGUGCUCCUUCCUGCUACUCAAGGGCCCCUACGACGAUGUGAAGAUCAGCCCAGUUAUCUACCACUUUGUCUUCACCAACGAGAGCAACGAGACGGACUAUGUGCCACUGCCCAUCGUGGACUCCGUGGAGUGCAACAAGCUGCUGGCUGCCAAGAACAUCAACCUACGGCUCUUCCUGUUCCAGAUCCAGAAGUAGGAGCCUUCUGCGCUGCCCACACCUGCCUGGCUGCGGCUUUGCAGUGCUGUCUGACCAUUUCAGCAGAGGAGGGGGAGGAACAGAUGUGAACACUGGGAAAUUCUGCAUGCGUGUGCGAAGGUGUGAGCGCUCACCACCCUGCCCUCCACCCUGCCUCCCUGUCCAGGGCACAGAGGCUGGUCCAGGGACACCGCCAAGCAAGCACAGCGGACCUGCCAGCCUCUGUCACUUGGCGAGGCGCCCUGCCUGCCCUGGGCCACACAGGGCUCCUGGGCUGGGCUCAGGGGGCACUGGCUUCAGACAGCAUAUUUGAUUGCAAUUAAAAAGGCACCCUUGUUUCCUACUUUCUGUUUUGUUCGAGGUUAAGGCGUGGCUCUGAUUGGACACAGGGAAGCUUUGGUUUGGCCUGGGGGGUUAGAGCCCACUCAUCCUUCAGUGCGUCCCCUAGGAGACACUUGGAGAUGCUGCCUCAUCCAUUGUAGGCCCCAGCAGGGGAGUGGGCAGGGCCAGGGAUUUCACAGCAGCCUCAGCACACCCCUAGCCAUUCCAGGGAGGCAGGACUUGGCCACCUGGGCUCAGCAGAUGUUUUGGAAUGCAGGGUGAAAUUCUGUAUCUUCCCAGAAAAUAAAUGAAACUACAGGAUCCUCUAUAAGUUAUGCAAAUUUAGCAAGAGAGAAUCUAUUUUCUAUAUUCAGCCUUGAGGGUGCAGCAUCCCCAGACUGUGAGGAAAGCUUCGGAGGGCCACUGGUGGUGGCCAUGCCUGGCUGGGAGGGUCCCAUGCUCUCAGGGACCAGCUGGUGGUCCUGCGUCCAGAGCCCACUGUGGAGGUCAGCACCUAGGCAGCAUAGUUUCUCACUGGAGAGAGGUGGUCCCUUCCCAGCCUCAACUUUGCUGCCCCAGGAUCCUGCAGCCCAGGCCCCAGUGAGCAUGUCCCGUGUGUGGUCCUCAGGGUAAAAGGAGCCCUAUCUGGAGGACCCUGGUACCCUCGGAGCUACUGGAGAGCUACCCACCCCCCAAGCCCUUUCCUUAGGAGACACAGCUCUUCUAUGAUAGCUUUUCAUUGCUUCAAUACCAAAGAACAGUUUUAUUUGCCCCUGGCCAAGCCCGCACCAUGCCUCAGAGCACUUAUAUUGCUCUGGUCCUACAGGGCUCAGUGGGCAGUGCAACCACAGCCUGGCCUCUCUCUGGGCCUCCUCCCUCUCCUGGCCCUCUAUUCGUUUCUCUUGCCAGGGUGGCUCCCUGAGCUACUCCAAGGAGCCUGUUUGGCUUCCUGCUGUAAGCCCAGGGCAUUGGGCUCUGGGGCAGGGGGCAGUUCCCCCUCCUGCAGACAGCCUGGCCACUGAGGGGACCCAAGAGGUGCUUUGUGUUUGGUUUUCUGCCCUCUACAAAGAAGGACCCCACUGCAGCCUCACCCCACCCCCCACCCCCCUGUCAAUCAUCGAACUUGGGCAUACCCUGGUGUGAGUCCCAUUGCCCUUGGGCUGCCCCCCGCCUGGUGAACACAGGAUGACAUUCAGGUAGAUGCAUGUCAGGUGUCUUGUAUGUAGGAGAUUGUGCUGUGUCACUGCAUCCCAGCCUCUCGGGGACCAACACCCUCUCUGUAGAGCUUCUGGGUUUCCAAGUGAUGGUGUUGUGAAGGCUUCCAGGCAGGGACAGGAUUGCAUGGCCUGCUUGUGUCUGGAUGGCUUGUGUGAAAGAUUGAGUCAGCAGAGGCAGCCUCUGGUGGCUCUCCUGUGUAGGACAGGGUGGGAGAUGGCAGAUUUCUGUGCAGGUGAGGAAAGUAUGUGGCUGCCAGAGGAGACAGGCAGUCCUGGGGCCAGCAGCCCUGCAUGUGCGGCAGGAGGGUCCGCUACAUGUGAGGGCUUACAGCCCACACUUCCUGCAGCCAAGGCUGGUUGUGGGAGUGGGACCACACUCAGAUGGCCCUCCCUUUAGGGGGUAUGGGUGGAUGUGGGGGGUGCCCAAGAGGACUUAUACAUCCCAGCCCUGUGAUGGUCACCUUACAGUUUGGGGCAGCCAGGAACCCUGGGGAAUCUCAGCUGCACGGGGUUGCUAUAAACCUAUGGCAUCUCACUCUCACUGGGCCAUUGAUUUACAGAGACACCAGUGGUCUGUCUCCAAGACCCCUUGCCAUCUUGGCAUCCUGACCUGGAGCCGGUGGAGAUGUGGGGGAGGCUGGGGGCUCAGAUCAAGCUAGCCCUCUCCCUCUUAUCCCCACUCCCUGGGAGUACUCCAUCCUCAGUUCACUCAAAGUGAGACAUUUCAAAAAUAAUAAAAACAAUUUUUUAAAGAGUGGAGUGAGACGUGUUUUUACCGCUGUUAGAAAUGACCUACAUGUCACUUUUGUGGUCUGAGUUCUCUGUGGAUAUUUUCUGUAUGUAACUAUAGUUUUAAAAAAAUUACGAACCA